UAUGGUUUUUUAUUAGAACUGGCAUCACUGCACCUGUAAUCUGUCCACCGGCAAAAUCUCCUGUACACAAAACAAUCAGCUGAAGGCUACAACAUUUUAUUUAUUUAAUUUUGCACAUUAUAAACAAAAUUGGCAUUAUUACAAAUGGAUAUCACACUCGCACUAUUAAAACCUCACGUGGUCCGCAAUGUCUACGCAUUCCAACAGAUUAAGCAAAUAAUUCAUCAAAACUUCACAGUGCUGCACUCCAAGGAGGUUCAUAUUACGAAACAGCUUUCUGAACAUUUCUAUGCUGAGCACAAAGGCAAAUUCUUUUACAACCGAUUGGUUACAUUUAUGGGCAGCGGCCCGUGCCAUGCAUUUAUACUGCAAUCGAAAGACAGCAUAGCCAAAUGGCGUGAACUAAUGGGUCCAACAAAAGUUUAUAAGGCUGUGUAUUCCCAUCCAGACUGCAUUCGCGGGUUAUAUGGUCUAUCAGAUACUCGUAAUGCGUGUCAUGGUUCCGAUAGUGAGGAAUCCGUGGCACGUGAGAUUUCUAUCAUAUUUCCGGAGUUAGAUAAGAAUCGAUUAUCUGCUGUUGACAGUUAACAGAUGAAAGGGUGUAUGCCAAGCUGUUGAUCAGCCGUACUCUGCGAGUGGAAACGGGGAGGAAAACGGAAAGGUACUGCUACAACAACAAGUGGAACUGCAGUCGCUUUGGAAAAUUAGUUUUCAAGAUAUGUUGCAAUUCAGUGAUAAGUGUUUGAAGCAUAAUUUUAAAAUGCAUUUAUCGUUGUGACGCAUAUAUGUAGUUUAAGAUAUAUAAGUAGAGUACGUUAUAUAAUUCUUAAUUUGUUGCAUUGUUAUAUAAAAAGGAAAAUAUAGGUUUUAUUUAUUAAACAGUAGGUCAAACACAGUGCCUCAAAAG